UACACUGCGUUCUCUUGAAACUGUCGUUUGCAAAAUAUUUGCAGCAUCCAAGAACAAUGACAACUUGGUUGUUGCUGGUCGUGUGCCUUGGCAUAGCUUGUCAAGGUAUCACAAGCGUCACUGUUCGAGAAAAUUCUCCGAGAAAGUUGGCAAAUUCGAUGAACGUGAUUCACGAAUGGAAAUAUCUCGAUUAUGAUUUCGGUAGCGACGAAAGGAGGCAAGCUGCGAUUCAAUCUGGCGAAUAUGACCAUACGAAAAAUUAUCCCUUCGAUGUCGAUCAAUGGCGUGGUAUGACUUUUGUAACCGUACCAAGAUACAAAGGUGUACCUUCUUCUUUGAACGUGAUAUCUAAGAAAAUUGGCAACGGUGGACGACUUCUACAACCGUAUCCUGAUUGGUCGUGGGCGAACUAUAAAGAUUGCUCUGGAAUAGUGAGCGCUUACAAAAUUGCGAUCGACAAGUUCGACAGAUUGUGGAUUCUGGACUCAGGUAUUAUCAAUAAUACUCAACCCAUGUGUUCACCAAAAUUGCAUGUCUUUGAUCUCAAUACCUCACAGCAGCUUAAGCAAGUUGUAAUGCCGCAUGAUAUUACCGUAAAUGCCAGUACAAAUGGGGGACUCGUAUCACUAGUUGUUCAAGCUAUGGAUCCUGUGAAUACUAUCGUGUAUAUGGCAGAUGACAAAGGUGAUGCUUUAAUCGUCUACCAAAAUUCUGACGAUUCCUUCCAUCGAUUGACUUCCAACACUUUCGAUUACGAUCCCAAAUAUAUCAAAAUGAUGGCCGCGGGAGAAAGUUUCACAGCGAAAGAUGGAAUUUUUGGAAUGGCACUCAGCCCCAUGACAAACAAUCUUUAUUACAGCCCUCUUUCUUCUCGCAGUUUGUAUUAUGUUAAUACAAAACCAUUCAUGAAAUCAGAAUAUGGAGCAAAUAACGUACAAUAUCAAGGUGUCCAAGAUAUUUUCAACACUGAAUCGAUUGCUAAAAUAAUGUCGAAAAAUGGCGUUCUCUUUUUCGGCCUCAUGAAUAAUUCAGCUAUUGGUUGUUGGAACGAGCAUCAACCACUUCAGAGAGAAAAUAUGGAUAUGGUCGCACAGAAUGAAGAGACUCUUCAAACGGUCGUUGCUAUGAAAAUGAUACAUCUCCCACAAUCCAACAAGAUGAAUAGGAUGCAUAGGAUGAAUAGAGUGAAUAGAGUGAAUAGAAUGGAUAGAAUGGAUAGAAUAGAUAGGAUGGAUAGGAUGGAUAGGAUGGAUACAAUGGAUACAAUGGAUAGAAUGGAUAGAAUAGAUAGGAUAGAUAGGAUGGAUAGAAUAGAUAGGAUAGAUAGGAUGGAUACAAUGGAUACAAUGGAUACAAUGGAUAGAACAGAUAAGAUGAGUAGCAUGGAUAGGAUGGAUAGAAUGGAUAGGGUGGAUAGGAUGGAUACAAUGGAUAGAACAGAUAAGAUGAGUAGCAUGGAUAGGAUGGAUAGAAUGGAUAGGGUGGAUACAAUGGAUACAAUGGAUAGAAUGGAUAGGAUGGAUAGGAUGGAUAGAAUGGAUAGAAUGGAUAGGAUGGAUACAAUGGAUAGAACAGAUAAGAUGAGUAGGAUAGAUAGAAUAGAUAGAAUGGAUAGGAUGGAUAGGACAAAUAGAAUGGAUAGAAUGAAUAGGAUGAAUAGACAAAUGAAUGAAUAUAUGAUGGCUUUGAGUAUGAAAUUACAGAAAUUUAUAAAUAAUGAUUAUAAUUUCAACGAAGUAAACUUCCGAAUUUUGGGUGCAAAUGUAAACGAUUUAAUAAUGAAUACUCGUUGUGCAAAUUCUGACAAUCAGAAUAACAAUCAAAAUAAGCAUAAUAAUUAAGAUGAUCGUUCUUUAUAUUAAAAUCUGUUAAUCAGUCUUUUCUCGAUAUAAACCAAAUAUUCUUUAAAAUUUCUUUAUAUUAUAAAUGA